AUGUUCCUAACUGCAGGUGCCAUUUGUCCACCACAACCAGAUGUUACAACGUUCCGGUGUAACCACAUGAGGCUCAAGGAUGUUCCAAAUGCUGUACACACAGAUACACUAGAUUUGGAUUUGUCGCACAAUCUUAUCGAAGUAUUGCACGAGGACAGCUUUAUCAGACUGCACCGGCUGCGCCGACUUGUUUUGCGUCAUAACAGCAUAUACAAGAUUACCGACCGUGCUUUCUUAAAUGAAGCCCACAGUCUAGAAAUACUUGACCUCCGGAACAAUCGGAUUGCCUCGAAUAAGAUCAUUCUGUUUCCUACAGCUGCGUUCUUACCACUCGUUCGGUUGAUACAUUUGGACUUGUCAGCUAACUCAAUUGGUUUGCUACCCACGGGGUUUCUGCGUCAAAUGGGUGCUUAUUUGAAGCGUCUGGAGAUAAGUGCCAGUACAGUUGCAAUGCAAAUUCAACCUGGAGCAUUUAGUGGAUUGGCUAGACUUAGCCAUUUAGACUUGGGUCAUAAUACAUUUAUCGAAUUCCGGGCCGAUGUGUUGGAUGGUCUCCAUCCGGAGCUUCUAUCAUACUUCAGCCUACAAGGAGUGCAGUGGAAUUGCGAUUGCCACAUAAGGUGGUUCCAGCGUUGGCUGAACAUGGUUCAGCUAAAAGCACUGUCGUCAGACUCGCAUCCUGGUGGAGAGUGCAUCGCCCCAACAGAAUUUCAGGGUCUCGCGCUAGUUCAUCUAAACCAACCGGGUUUGCAGUGUCCUCCCAGUCUCCUUGAUAUGGAACCUGCCGGCAGCACUGGUAACCCAGCGGAGGUAGUUCAAGUCAUCGGAGUUCGUGGAUCCAAUCUGACCCUACAAUGUACUUUUGUGAGUGAAACAAAGCCCCAACUAGAGUGGUACCGAAAUGGUAUUCGCAUACGACCACAUUGGAAAAGACUUCAACAAACAACUAUGUCUAACACGAGACCGAGCACCAGCUUGAAAUUCCACAAGUUGGACCCUCAGUUAGAUUCUGGUUUAUAUCGGUGUGAGGCUGGAAAUCAAGCGGGCACUGCGAAGGCGGAGUUUAACCUUAGUAUUUACAGCAGCUUACCAAAAAGCCUCCAAACAAUCAACCAGCGCUCUCGAGUUUCUAUGCUCUCUUCUACCAAAUCUUUCGUCUCUCAAGAUGUCACUAUUUACUUGCUAAUCAGUGGAAUUAUUGUGGCCUCAAACGUAGCAUUUAUAAUUGUGGGAGCUGCCACUUAUCACUGGGUUAAGAAUCAAUGGUCCGACACAUUGAGAAGCCUUACUACAGUAUGCUGUAAAUGUUCGAAAACGUUUUCUCUACCACCAAGCCCCUCUUUGUUACGUGAGGUCCCACAACCUGACAAUAGAACCAGUUUUCCACAUACAAUUAUGUGCGGAUGUGAUACCAUGGGGGAGAAUCAUGCGUCGAUAGUCGAUACCGCAUCCACCUUACCUUCGCAUGCCGCUUUGGCACUAUCUAUUAUCCCACAUAACAAAUUUCAUCCAUCUUCCUGGAAUGAUACACUAAGAGGCAACACUUUUGGGUCAAUCAGCCUAGUUAAAACGAUGGAAUCUAUUUUGACCCCAAAACAUACUGACCGAAACCAAGGAACAAUCUGCUAUAAGCCAACAUCAUACUAUAUGCUUACUUUAAAAAAUGACGGCAAAUUGUCCCCAAAUGAGAUGGUUUACAUAGCGAAUGAAAACGUCUCUUGUGAAGGAGCCACAACAGCCACUACAAAUUUCACCCCCAAGAUUGGAGAGCGCGGCUGUCUGGUUGUAUCGGAAAAGACAACGUUGUCCUCCUCAUGCGAGUACUUGGAGUAUAAUUCUGCUCUGUCUGUGGCUUCAGAAACAGUCUCGGCGAAGGUGAAGAUCACGUGCCCGAUUCACGGAAACGACUCAACAGAAAGACCAGUUGGCAGGUUAAACACACAAGCUGAAUGUGAGAUACAUCCAAGAACAUAUGUCGAUCUAUCAGUAUGUCCAGUGCACGGUUUAGCAACUUGUACCUUGAGUGACGGAGAAGAAUCACUGAGUAGUUCCGUCUCUUUCUGUCCGUUUACAUCAGAAUCGCGGUUUACGUGA